AUGAGCUACGGACUCGAUGCUUCCGCGAAGUCGAAUGAGCGUGGCGCCAAGCGCGCAUUCUCCACAUCUCCGACGCUCACGACGUCCUCCGACGGUGAGGCGUCCGAGCGCGACGCGCUGAUGGGCUCGGACGUCUUGCUUGUGGGAGCCGCGAACCACAGCGGAACUCACAAGAUUUCGCACCGCCGCCACUCAACCUUCGACUGGUUUUUGGGUGUGACGUUUCUCGUGAUUGUGGCGCUCAUCUGGACCUUCGCCAGCGUUUUGGUGCAGUAUAUUUUCCAUAAUUUGAGCUUCCAAGGCCCGUUCUUCCUCACGUACGUGGGUAUCUCGCUCUUCUCAGUCAAUUUACCGCUCUGGUACACGUCGCAAGUGCUCUUCCCAAAGCUCAAGGCCUGGCUUCGAGGCCUACCCACAAAUGGCAAGCUGAGCCACGGCGAACUACUCCGUCGCUCGGGCGUGCAGGCCAGUUACAGCCAGAUCUUCCGCAUCAGCGCCAUCAUCUCGCCACUCUGGUUCCUUGCCAACUUCACGUACAACGAGAGUCUUAAUCUCACCAGCGUGUCUAGCAGUACCAUCGUAAGCUCCACAUCCACGGUGUUUACGUUUCUAUUGAGCGUUGUGGCACUUAAGGAACCUUUUGUAUGGAUGAAACUGGCGGGUGUCAUCCUCUGCAUGGCCGGCAACAUCUCGACGAUCUUCAACGAUGAAGGAGCCGAUGGCGGCACCGAUCACGUGUUUGGAGACCUGGUGGCACUUUUUGCGGCCUUCAUGUAUGGCGUGUACACCACGACGAUCCGCCGCCUGAUCCCGGACGAAGAGAGCGUGAGCAUCUCGCUGUUUUUUGGGUUUAUCGGCGCUAUCAACAUGGUGUGUCUGCUGCCAAUCGUGCUGGCCUUCCACUACUCAGGCAUUGAGUCACUAAGCGGGUUAUCAUUGGAAAUUCUGGUCCUCAUCGGCUUAAAGGGGCUAUUCGACAACGUGUUGUCGGACUACCUCUGGGCGCGUGCAGUGCUGCUAACGUCGCCCACGGUGGCUACAGUCGGUCUGUCGUUGACGGUCCCGCUGGCCAUCGUGGCCGAUUUUUGGUUCCACGGUAUGCGGCCCACAAACGUAACGCUUUUUGCCUCUGCACUCGUUAUCUCUGGCUUCGUGCUGAUCAACGUCGGCACCAAGCAGAACCGGCAUGAGUACCAUCCGCAACGCUCUACGGACCGCUCGGAUAUCGCUCAUGAUUCCCGCCCACGCAGCAACAGUGCCGGUGGACUUGGUGUAUAA